AGCAGGCUCUUCACCUUCUUCACAUCGUUCUCUUAUUUAUAACCCAGACAAAUAAAUUUGCUCGCUGCGCAGAACUCUUUUCUCAUUUUUUUUCACUAGUAAAGGUCUUCCUGUUUAGUUCCAAGUCCACCUCUGUAUUUCUUUCUUUUUUUUUUUUUAACAUAUACUUUUUCUAGGUUGUCGUUCUGUUAAGAGAAUUUUACAGUCGGAUUAUAUGAGUCAGAGGUAAGUUUUAAGGGUGGUGAAGGAAUAGUCAUGCUUGUUUGGGAUAUUAAACAAGUACGAUAUUCUGUUAAGGUCUCAUUAUAGCUGCAGAUUACUCAUAAUCUUUGCUUUUUUAUGUGGUUAUAGUACAACUACAAGAAGCCUCCCUUUCAUCUCUCCUUCUUCUUCCUUUCUGGUUCUCUCUUUGCAGCAUUACGUGUGAAUGAGGAGCCUGGAGAAGGGAACUUGAACUUUUAGUUCCGGGGUUUUGGUUCUUGUAAUUGGAACUGAAACGGGUAGUUCUCAUUUUUUUUUUUUUUAAUUUCAAGAUCUGAGUUUUGAAGAUUUCGGUAGGUACAUUUAAGAUUUCUCUGGCUGGUGGGUGAAUAGAUUGGGUUAGUUUCUUUUAUAUCAGAAAAACAUGGCUCCGGGAUUUUAUUUUUCAGAUUGGUGGGCUAAGGAUAGCAGGAAGGGGACGCCAGUGGUGGUGAAAAUGGAGAACCCCAACUACUCUGUUGUGGAAAUCGACGGCCCAGAUGAGGCAUUUAGGCCUGUGGAGAAGAGCAGGGGACGAAAUGCUAAGCAAGUGACGUGGGUUUUGCUACUCAAGGCUCAUCGCGCUGUUGGUUGUGUUGCUUGGCUAGCCACUUUGGUCUGGGCGUUGCUUGGGGCCAUAAAGAAGAGGCUAAUGUUUAGGGAGGGAGUGAGGGUGGCUAGUGAGAAAUUGGGUAAAGGGAAGUUGAUAUUUAGGAUGCUUAAAUUGUUUUUGUUUACUUCUUUGGUAAUUCUGGCUUUUGAAGUGGUUGCUUACAUCAAAGGUUGGCAUCAUAUGAAAAAUCCUAACUUGCACAUUCCAAAAACUAGUGAGAUCCAAGGCUUGCUCCACCUACUCUAUGUUUCUUGGUUAACGUUUCGAGCUGAUUAUAUUGCUCCACAAAUCCAAGCUUUGUCUAUGUUCUGUGUCUGUCUGUUCCUAAUCCAGUCUGUUGAUCGUAUGGUACUUUGUUUGGGUUGCUUGUGGAUUAAGUUCAAGAAGAUUAAGCCCAGAAUCGAAGGGGAUCCAUUCAAGUCAGAUAAUGCUGAGGGAUCAGACUGCAUGUACCCUAUGGUUCUUGUUCAAAUACCAAUGUGCAAUGAGAGAGAGGUAUAUAAGCAGUCCAUAUCUGCAGUCUGCCAACUUGAUUGGCCGAAGGACCGAAUACUAAUUCAGGUUCUGGAUGAUUCUGAUGAUGAGAGCAUCCAAUGGUUAAUCAAGGCAGAGGUUACCAAGUGGAGCCAGAGUGGUAUCAACAUAAUUUACCGCCAUCGCAUUGUUAGAACUGGCUACAAAGCUGGGAAUCUCAAAUCUGCGAUUAGCUGUGACUACGUGAAGGCAUAUGAGUUUGUUGCUAUUUUCGAUGCAGAUUUUCAACCUUAUCCAGAUUUCCUUAAGUGUACUGUGCCACAUUUCAAGGACAAUCCAGAGUUGGGGUUGGUUCAGGCUAGAUGGGCGUUUGUGAACAAGGAUGAGAAUUUACUGACUCGUCUGCAAAACAUCAACCUGUGCUUUCACUUUGAGGUUGAACAACAAGUUAAUGGUGUAUUCCUGAAUUUCUUUGGUUUUAAUGGAACUGCUGGAGUCUGGAGGAUUAAAGCCCUUGAGGAAUCUGGAGGCUGGCUUGAGAGGACAACUGUCGAGGACAUGGACAUAGCUGUUCGUGCACAUCUAAAUGGCUGGAAAUUCAUAUUUCUAAAUGAUGUGAAGGUCCUUUGUGAGGUUCCUGAGUCUUAUGAAGCUUACAGGAAACAGCAACAUCGCUGGCAUUCUGGUCCCAUGCAACUCUUCCGCUUGUGUCUUCCAGAAAUCAUAACUUCCAAGGCAUUAAACCAACCACAUAUGCACAGAGGAGGUUCUGACAGAGAGCUCUCUGAGUUGAAUCAGUUAAAUACACAGAAAGAGGCAGCGGAGACACCUGUUAAAAAAGUCAACAAGAUAUACAGGAAAGAGCUCGCUUUAGCAUUCCUGCUGCUCACAGCUUCUGUCAGGAGCCUGUUAUCAGCCCAGGGAGUUCAUUUCUAUUUCCUGCUCUUCCAAGGGUUGACAUUCCUCCUUGUGGGUCUCGAUCUGAUUGGUGAGCAGAUGAGUUAGUAAAAGAAUUGUAAAGCAUACUUGUGGCAAAAUUGAAGAAACUCCAGCUCUCCUUUUUCCUUGGUAAAUAGGGAUAGGUCAAUGGGAAUUUUUACUAUUCAUACUCAGUUUGAUCUUAUGAGGUAUUUAUCUUACAGGAUUUUGUCUCCUUGUAGAUCUGGUUUUUCAGAUCAUAGUCACAGUCCACAUUAGGCAGCACCCAUUUUUUGUUACAUUCCAUAGAUAGGGAUUUUUUAUUUUAAAAAUAUGAACUUGAGUCUUGGUUGGAAGUAAUAAAUUCAGCCAUGUAGCAUUUGUAGAGUCCUGAAGGUAUUGAUAAGAAGAGUUGCACAACUUGUAUAAGUACAUCAGAGCUUGUAUGUGCAACAAAUAAUCUCCCUUUCUCUCAACCAUUCAUUUAUGUUUAUUCUUGAAUUUGUUGGGAUUGGCAAA